AUGAAUCUCAUACUUGCUUUCUUGUCGUUGGUCGGUCUUGCCCAGUGCGCCCAUGUCCUCAACCAUGAUCUGAAACCACUCACUAUCGAGUUCGAAAUUGGUGUCAACGAGUCAAGUGUUUACUCGGUCCAACUCGGAAAAAUUAUGAAUGCAGUCUGUGAGAGCAAGACCAAGGAACUCAAAAUCUCGGUCCAAGCUUCCUCCCCAGUCGAUGUUCACUUGUGCAACUGUAACGAAAAAGACUACCAACAAAAGUUUGGUGCUGAUGAGUUGUCUUUGGAUUCGGAGAAAAUGCGCAACAUGAGUCUUGUCAUCUGUGGAAGUGAGGCUAGAAAUGACAAUCUCGAGUUCACCAUUUCCGGAACCAAGGGUACCAGAGGAAAGAUUGUGUUGGAGGUGGUUGAUAACGAGAAGCACAGUGCCAUCGAGUUGUUAUAUGAGUUCAAGAUACCCGAAGAUCGUGGGAUCUAUGUCAAUCUGACCGAAUUCGAGAGUCUGAGCCGUUUAGGUAUGUUAUUUGGGACAGACGGUCCGAAAUGUUGUGAGUAA